AUGGUUCGUCAUUACCAACAUUAUGAAAACACAGGAAUGAAAGAGACGAGGAGAAGACAGCUAGCGGAGGCUGCAGAGAAGAGACAGAAAGAGACCACCUACAGAGGUAUCAAAGACCCCAAAGCCUUGGAGAGGAAAAAGAAGAAACAAGAAGAGACAGAGAAACAGACCAUGAACUCUGCACCUUCUGGAGGCGGUGGGCUAAAGUUUCAGCAGACUUGUUAUUCUCUCCAGCUGUCUUGGACAUGUGUUGAAAGCAAAGCAUAAAGAAGCAGAAGCUGCAUAACAAUCUACCUGGAGCCUUUGACGUUUGCACGCCAGGAUCUGACACAUGACAGAGAGAUGUCUCGUCGUCAUACACACCAUAAAGCUGUUUUACAGAUUUACACAGGAGAAGAAGAGGCCUUUCUUUCACCAGCAUAGUUUGUGUCUAGAAUACCACAAUUCUUAGAAAUGCAAGGAAAGAAGAAAAAAAUAAACUUUUUUUGUUCCAGCCAGAGACACACUUCUCCAUUUGUAACUGACCCUUUCCAAUUUCAGUCAAUAAUCCUCUCAAGUUUCAUUAUAUUUCUGCAUAAUGGAGAUGUACAGCGAAACAAAUUAAUCAU